CUCAUUACAAAAUAUUUCACAAAAUGAAAUGUUGCAAGCGGCCGGUUGUUCUCAUAGCCCGCUAUAUCCCUCUAUGAAUACGAUGUACUUCAUAUUCUUUUGUAAUAUUAGUGGAUCCAAUAAAGUCCCACGACAUGAAUAUGGUACAUAUAGCUCACCGCUGACCGGGGCGCACCCAGUGGGCGCACCUAUAUUUUCAAUAAUUCCAGCCUCUUUCCGCCAUUGUGUCGCGUUUAUGCAAACACAGAAAUUUUACAACAAAGAGUCGACAUCAAGUAUGGGCUGAACUGCACAACAAAAUGAAAAGCAAGCGAAGCAAGGAUCAACGAGUAAAGAAGACCGGUUCCGCACCGCAUGAACUAAUCGUGCAGCGUCUGGCAGCCGAACCAGAUCACAAGCAAACGUACAAAGCAGUCCAGUUUGUGGCCUACGAAUGUGAGGCCUAACAAAUCUUAAAAAAGCUUGUGCAGCUCAUUUUCAUCUUCCCGCGAGCUCAUGCGACGUAUUGGUAACGAAUAAAGGGCCUUCUUGUACGAAUAUUAACCAAAUUCCACACAGGAAGGACAAGGUAUAAAAGGCUUUUUUGUAUUUUGUUUCACAUGCGCACCAUCGCACCCAACCCCAAGGGCUUUGGACUUUAAUGGGAAUUGAGAAAUGCUUUACACAAUUUUUUAAUUUCUAUUAUAGCACUGCGAGUACAAAAUGGAAAUAUCAAGAAGGAAAUUAUAAAACGUGAUAUAUUCUAUCACAGUGAUGUACUAGCCGGAGGGCGGGUGGGGGUGUGCCCACGGGCAAAAUAAUAGUAUCUAAAGGACUUGUGAGGUGGAAAUUGGGUUGAGGGCAUUUUCAUCCAUGUUGUAUUUGUUCUCUCUAUCUCUCAUAUGGAGAUUCACUUGUAGAAUAAUGGUGUUGAAGCAUUAAAUUAUGUGGUUAAUAAUUAUUUUCAUGACAUUUAAUUAAUAUUAUCAUUUUCCUUCUAUCAGGUUUACCUUGUGCGGUUUAUGGUCACCGAACAAUUAGGUGAUGGGUAUCCAGAUAGCCCAGAGGUUUCGGAGCCUAAGGAUGUGGUGUUUUCUCAGCCAAUAAAUGUCAGUAAGAUACCAGACACUGAGGAAACUCGCUAUCCAAAUUCUGUUUCAAUAGAAUUGUUGCUAAAAGCUGGACAACUUGUAAAACCUAAGGUGAAGAAAUCAGUAAUCUUAAUUAGAAAAGUUCCAUCUUGAUGAGCAAGAAUGGGUGUCUUUAGAAAACUCUCUUGAUUUAUUGGUGGAUGCAGAGAAAUUUUCUUCUGGUGGAUUCAGGGAUGCAUUUCUUGGAGUGACAAAAGAUAAAGAAAAAUGGGUAAUCAAGAAGUACCAUGAAAGGGCUGUCAAUACAAUAACAGGUACACUUAAUUCGACUGUUGAAGACCACACACAUAAGCAAGUGCAAAUACAUUCGGUUGCGAGGCAUUUAACUAAAGUGUUUAGCAACAAAGUCCCGCAAGAAUUUGGUGAAUGCUUCACUUUUAACAGAGCUUACUACACGGUUUACCAAGGGCAACCUGCAACUGUAGAAGAAUUUGUGGAAGGAACAUUUCGAAAAUAUGUCAACAACAAUGGAAAAGUGUGUAGACCGGAGGUUGGUUACAGUACUCUAUUUUUUAGUGAAUUUGUCAGUGUCAUAAUAUAGUUAACAUGCAUAUAUAUUAGGGGCCAUUCACAAAGGAAAUCUGGCAAAAUGAUAGAUACCACCCCCCCCCCUUCCCUUCCUUGUCCGUCCAAUAUUUGUUUUAUACAACAAAAAUAAAUAUUUGUUUUUGAUUUUUUUUUAAACCGGACUUCCGGAUCGUUGAAUAGUACCUUCCCCCUAUGUCCGAUUUUGUACGGUUACUGCAACCCCCUCCCCCCCUGGCUCAGACAUCCUUUAUGAAUGGCCCCUUAUGAAGUUGACAUAGAGUACAGUGACCAAAUCAAAAUACACCAUUCAUAUGUACUAAAAAUAUACAACAUAUGGAUACAUAUGACUGUAUAUAACUUUUUAUAUUUGUACAUAUAGGUUUGCAGUGCUGAGGUGAUGACAAUUAUUGAGAAGGCUGAAUGCCUAGUGCAUUACUCCCACAUUCAAAGUUCCAAGAAGCUCAUGCUUGUUGAUCUUCAAGGUGCAGGCUACCACCUUUAUGAGUUAUGA